AUGACUGUGUCGGACUAUACCCUCAACCACCCUGAGCUGGGUAGCAUCAUCGGCUUAGCCAGAGACGACGAUGUUGUUCAGUUUCGCGGUAUCCCAUUCGCGUCGGUUCCUGGACGCUUUCGCCAGAGCAUCUUGAGAGCAGGACCAUUGCCUUCGCAGCCAUUCUCUGCUCGCCAACCAGGUCCUGAAUGUCCCCAAUUGGUCCUGCCCUUCCCUUCAUACUGGACGGCGCCACCUCCCAGUGGAUAUCCCGCCCUAGAAAAGCCCAUCCAAGAUGAGUUCAACUGCCUGAACCUAUCCAUCACCGCACCACGCAAAGUCCUUGAAUCAGGCGAGAACGUGCCAGUGCUGGUCUUCAUCCACGGCGGCGCUUUCAUGGGCGGCAGUCAGUCGAUCCAGCUAUCUGGACGUGAAAUCUACGAUGCUACCGACCUAGUAAGGGCAAGUAUCGCCCGGGAGAAGCCGAUCGUGGUGGUCACCAUCAACUACCGCGUGGGACUUCUUGGAUUCCUCACGUCGGAAAAGCUGGCAGAGCGGAGUCGUGCUCAUGGCGAGGCAGUUGGCAACUACGGACUUCAUGAUCAGCGACAGGCGCUGGAAUGGGUGUCUCGUUUCAUUGGUGGGUUCGGAGGUGCUUCUGACCGCAUCACCAUUCAUGGAACUAGCGCGGGCGGCGCUUCGUGUCAUUACCAGGUUAACUUUCCCAAUCGCAAGUUUCAGAACGCCAUCCUAUCCAGUGGGACAUCUGUCGGUAUCGCGUCGAGGCCUAUGCCCUGGCAUCAGGAGCGCUUCGACUAUGUGCUAUCUCAAAUACCAAGCCUGCAAGCGGAUGGUUCUCUUCUUGAUUCAUUGGUAGAUCUUCCUCUGGAUCAGCUAUUGCCAGCGUCGCCGCCAUCACUCUACAGCCCACUUGUUGAUGGAGAAUGGGUUCCCGAGGCAGGUCUCAAACCGACCCUGGAAAAGUUGGGCAAGGCUGGUGGACCCUUGCCGAACUUGAUGAUUGGUGCAACAGAGUACGAGCGAGAUCUUACACUGAUGCUAUUGUCUGAUCUCUCAAAGCCUCUGCCGCCUCCGCCUCGACCAGAGGCAGAGAUACUCCCCAUUGCGCAGGAGGUACUUGCAGGCAGCGCCAUGAUUCCCCAAUUGAACUCUGGCGACAGUCCCUUCUGUGUCCCAGAAGUUGCACAAGCGUAUAACCUGAGUCGAGAAAAGUCUUGCUUGGACUCCUUUGAGGACCUAGCCGGCCUGAUGGCGGACGUGGCAUUCCGUACUCCACCACUGUACUCAGCAGCGGUUAUCAAGAAGCACCAGACUGCGCACGGCCAUGCUUCACACGUGCUUCUCUACGAGAUUCAAGCUACAAACCCCUACAAGAACUGGUCACUGGGCUAUAAGAGAGCCAAUCAUGGUAUCAAUGACAUUUUUCUCUUCAAUCCAGCGGAAGACCAGGUCGCGGCUGAACACCUUAAGAACUGGGUGUCUACCGUAGGCCAGAUCCGAGCUGCGUGGCUUGACUUUUGUUAUGGAAAGAUGCUCUGGGCUCCGUUCCAGUUGCCAGAGGAUAUUGAUUCGCUAGGGGGCAUUUAUGUGUUCCCAGAUGGUGGCGAGGGUAGAUUGUGUAAGACGUUGGAUGAGGUUGAUGGCAAUGCUACAGCUGCGCGAUGGCGUGCACUUCUGAAGACUUCUUUGGAGUCUAUUUAG